AUGUCCAUGACAGAUACUGCAAACCUCUUUACUGAAAGCCAUAGUGUGAUCAACGGCACCCAAAUGUGUGAUGGUAGCGAAAUUACUUUGGUAGAAAUACAUUCAUUAUUGACCCAAAUGAAUUCCAAAUUGACAAAUAUGGAAUCCAAAAAUAACUGUUUGGAAGUUCGGUUGACCGAAAUUGAAAAGAAAAUUUCAGCUAUGGGUGAAAUCCAAACAGCAGUAAACACAGUAUCCUCCCAGGUCCAAAUGAUGACAGAAGAAAUGAAGACUAUCAAAAAUGAUCAGAAAGAGCUAGAAUCUAACGUGUGUUCUCUGGGCAAUUUAUUUGAUUCAGUAAAAGACGCAGUAGGAUCCAACACGAAGCAGAUAAGUGAAAACGGAAUGAAGCUGGUUGAAAUCAGAGAGGGAAAAGGUCAGCAAGAUCAGAAGACCAGGGAAGAUACACAUACAUUGAAUGAGGCAAGUGUCAACCUACGGGAAUCGAUGACUGAUCUCAAAGCUCGCUCCAUGAGGGACAACUUGAUAUUCAGUGGUAUAUGGGAAGAGAAAAACGAAGACACCGAAGCAGUGUUACAAGAAUUUAUUUAUUGCAAAUUCAAGUCUGGUUACGAAAUUUCGUUUGAGAGAGUCCAUAGGAUGGGGAAGUGGAGCGAAUUUAACGAAUUCCCCCGCAAUAUAGUGGCUAAGUUCUCUUUCUUUAAAGACCGAGAGUUCAUACGGACACGUGCACCCCAAAAGUUAAGCGGCACUCGUAUCUGGGUCAAUGAGCAAUACCCCCCAGAGAUCGAAGAAAAAAGGAAGAAGUUAUAUCCCGUCAUCCGACAAGCCAGGAAGGAUCACAAAAAAGUCAAACUUGUUCGGGGACACUUGAUACGUAGACGGCAAAGUUUACAUUCCACCGCCUGA